AUGAAAACUGAUAACAAAUCUGGACAGGACAAUGGUGGUAAUAACAAUAUGGCUUUAGCGUUUGAAAAUCCUGUGUACCACAUGGAUUUUCAAAACAAGAACUCCAAAAAGUUGAUUGAAAAUUCCUUAACGCCUUCAAGUUCCGAAGAGAAUUUACAAAGACCUGCUAAUUAUAUUAGUUCACCUUUAGACACACCCAGUCCGGUGAUGAGGAGGAAUUUAAGGAUACCCAGGACGAAUCCUGGAUUGUCUUACCGGAACAAUCGUAUGUCUGAUGAGAAAAGAAUCGAUGAACACAGAUACGAGAUCGAUAGGAAUGUUAAAGACUUAGCAAGUGUUGAGAACGAACAAAAUUAUUUAGCUAAUAAGUUUAAGAGAUCUUUGGAUAAAAUUAAUUCACCGGAUUAUGGGUAUGGUAACAACUACGAGUACCACAGGAAUUAUGAUAAUAAAUCCAGUCCGGUGCACCAAACAAUUGGAAUCCCUUUGCAACAUUCGCAUUCGAACAACAGUUUGUACUACCCAAAUUCCAACUUAAGCCACUCGUAUUCCAACACAAGUUUACAAAACUCUUCGAACAAACGCUUGCAGUAUUUUGACCAACAAGGAUACAAAAAUGGUACUGGGUACAACAACGACUGCAACCGAGGCUAUUUAAACAAACUCAACCUAAACUUUGACGAACAAAACUACGAGUGCUCUCACGGUUACAAAAACAAAUCCACCUACGAUGACCAGCACGUAACAAACCAUCAUCUGAACUACGAUAGUGAGAAUAUGAAUCCAGACAGUGCCUAUCAGUCGGCAGAUGUUGUCCAUUGUUCAGGCAGUUUGCAGAAGAAGUUAUCGAGAAGGUUGGUGGAGACUGAUAGUUCCAGCGAGUCGGAGAUUCAGUCGAGGUCUGAGUGUUCGCAGAGAUCAAACAGGACUGUGGAGCAGUGCGAAAUGGAGAUCGCAAGGUUGCAGAGGACUAUCGACAGGUUGCAAGCCAAGUUGCAGAGGAGCGGGAAGAAUGGACAUCAGCAGUAUACUGUGUCCGAUGAUAAUAAAAUGAAGAGUAUCAUUGCCAGGAUGUUAAGCGUGGAAGAGGAGCGCAAACGCGAACAAAUGAAGAUGUCCCUCGCCCUGUCGCACAAGCAGCGCGUUAUAGACGCCCAGGGGCAGCAGAUAGCGGCUCUCGACGCCGCCAACAGCCGCCUGCUGAGCGCCCUCAGCAGCCUCAGGCACACCUCGGGCCCUACUGCGGUCAACUUGAACAGCCCCAACUCGAAUAACGACGCCGACGACGAAGCCUAAGGGGAAAAGAUACGUAGGGAUAAAUGACACAGAUAUAUAUGGAUAUAUGUGUGUAUAUAUAUACACCUAAGUCUGUUUUUA